AGCACCUCUCCUUAGAGUAGAGCGAAAAGAGGAAGGAAGGAAGGAAGGUGCUCUACAUUAAAGUACUUUGGCGCCUCCUUCGACUCCCAUCCAUCGACUCGCAAAUAGCAAGUCUCGACUCCUCCGAGGGCUGAUGCAAGCCACGCGGGUUAUUCUUCUUAAUGUUUUUCUUCUUGGCUGCCCACCGCUCUGCUCGCCAAGGGCAAUUGUCACUUAUUAUUUUUAAAAGGAACUGCCAAUUCAUGCAUGCGCUCUACUUCCGCUGCCGUAGCUCCCGCAACGCCCUCCCCUCGUCACGUUCUCUCCCCUGCGGCGGUGCGUCUUCUCCGUGAUCUUCACGUUCCCCUGCCCGUACAGCACACGGAGUCAGCCGCACCACUGCCGACAGACGCCCUACCCCUGCUGGAUCUCGUCCUCCACCUUAACGACAUCUACGCCCUGUCAUUUUGGGUUCUGCGCUCCUGUGUCGCAGAACUGGACCGCAUUGCUAAAGAGAGCGGUGAUGACCCGUGCCCUUCAUCGUCUUCAUCCUCUCUAUCAUUGAAUGUUCGUGCGGGAGAGCUCCUCGCGUGCUGUGAGACCAUUCAACUGGCACGCGACACGCUGGACCGCCGGUUGGGUCGCCUUGUGCUUGCGCCGGUCCUGUUGUCCUGCCUGCUCUUCUACGUGGACGCAACAGCCUACGACACGGCGGCACUGAAGCGGGAUGUCGCGGCGCUCUUGGCUCCGGGUGGUGGCCCCGCGCGGUAUUGCGUGGACGAAGAGGAGGAAGUCAGCACAAGCCCCGGUUGUGCAUCCGAAGAACGACCUUCCGGAGAGGACAGCAGCUGCUGCAGCAACGACGAGACAGACCCUGUUCGCGUUACCGAUCAAGAGAGCCGAGCCACGGGUCAUCCUACCGUUUCCGCAGUCCCCGCACGCAGGCGAUGGCAACGUGAGCGGGCUCGUGUGGCAUCGAUGCCGCCUCCGCAGUCAGACGUUGCGGUGUUGUUGGUGAACAUCGCGAAGGCACUGCAGGAGAACGCCAGCGCAAAUGCGGCUGCCGCAACAUCCGCGAAGACCACCAGCGCGUCGUUAUUGCAGAGCUUUGUGGACAGCAUCGCCGUGCCCUCCCACACGGACACACCUCCUCGACGCUUCUAUUCGCUUCCGUGGCUGCUGCCGUUCAUUUCGGCAAACACAUCGACAGGACAUGAUGGCCGUGACUCGAUGCUGCACCAUCCCCGUGUUGUCGCUGCGCUGCUGCGGCGUGGACAAGGCUGUUUAACGAGGCCCUCCACUCCUUCUCCCAGUACCGCAACCGUACUCCGCGGUCGCCUGUGUGGUCUGCACCCCUCCCACUCCGUGAGAGGUAGUGGUCCAUCUCUACCGUCCACACCGCCCAUGCAUCAUGUGGGGAGUACCAGCCACAACAACAGCAGCGCUCGACGACCCCCAUUCCUGCCGUGUCGCAACGAAGUGACGUAUGCGGAGUACUGCGAAGGUUUGCGGCGGCGGCACGGGAGCACUCGUUACGCUGUCGCAGAGGAACCAGAUGGUGUCGUCGUGCGCUCUUCGGACGGUCCGCCUUCCCAGAUGGAGUCCCACCACGCUGCCGGUGGGGUAGGUGCCGCCCUCCAGCGCAGUAGACGCAUGCUUGCUGAAGCCUCACCUUCCUCCUCGCUGGCUCGCAGUCGGCUGCUGGUACAUCAACACACCAGUCGCUCUCUUCGGUCGGCAUUUCCUUUCUUGUCCCCCUCUCCUCCUCCUCCCCCAGUGAGGGAGAAGAAGGGAGCUCGCGGAGGAAGCCAGCCAGGCAAGGACUCGCAAGGCGCCGGAUGCACUCAACAUACAACGACAUCAGAGGCCUCUUGGACGGAGAGGAAGCGAGGUCGGCCUGUCUCACACUGGAGUGAUGGGCACUCCCAAUGCGCCUGCGUGGCACCCCCACUCAGAGUUCAUAAAUCAGCGUCAAUGGAUAAGACAGUUGUUGGGGAACCCUCUUCGUCAUCGCAGCCCCCAACAUCGCCGUUGCCGCCGCGAUCCCGCCUCCACCACCUCCCUACGGAGCUUCAGUGCCUCUGUUUGGAGUACGUGUCUCCGCGCUACAUGCGCACCGUCAGCGCCGUCUGCGUCACGUGGUAUUACCUCAUUCGACGCCCUCCGCGGUGCUCCUCGUACCUUUCGCGUGCUUUUCAGGUCAGCACAGCUGUCACCCGUGCCUACGCACAGUUUUUUCAGCAGCAGUGGGGAGAGCAAUCGCUUCCGGUGACGCUGCUGACUUCCCUGCAUCGCCUUCGUUUUGUUCUGCUCGCCGACAGCUCGUCCGCAGCGUUGGUGCAGGUUCACUGGACGCGCGUGCGAAUGGACCCUGACGUCUGCGCCUACGUCCGGCAGCGGUUUCUGCUCUCCCCGCUGCGCCAUCUCGCAGAAGAAAUUCAAGAGAACACGGAUGACGCCUUGCGAGCUUUUCGCAGCGGUGUAAAUCGUGCGGUGCCUUCUUCGUCGUCUGCCUGCGCCACUGCAUUCCAGGCGGGAGUGUGGCAGAAGGCGAAACGGAAGCCGUUGUCCGCGGUACAAUACAUCUUUUACGUUCUGUGUUUGAUUCCCACGACGCCUUCUCCGCAGCAAUCAGCAUCACCCCAGACGGUCGAAACCACUCGCGUGCGCGCCGCUCUGCGCCGUCUUUUGUAUGCGUGGGCGGUGGGAAUGAAAAGGAAUGAGCCGUGGAGUGCAACAGCGGCGGCGGUACUGCCUGCGUCUUCGUCUUCUGUUGCCGAUCCGCGUGUUUCCUCGCGUCUGGCCAUCGAGGCUACACGACAGCAGAAGCUGAUAUGGUGGCUGCUGACGAACCCGAUCGCGCAAAGUUCAUCACGGACCGAACUGCCUUCCACAGAGGUGGGCGCCGACAACGAAGAGGAUUUCCUGAUGCAGCUGUGGCUAAACUGGCCUUCGGUACAGGAGGUCUACAAGUACGGUGAAGCAUACGUUGGUCGUGGCGUUGGGAUGUGA